UCUCCAGUGCUUUGGUAUCCAGCUGGGAUUUGGAUUUGCUGCUGGCUGUGGGUCAAGGGUGUGGAGUGAGGAGGCAGGACCAUGUGGCUGUCCUCAGCUCUGCUGCUUCUCAGUUUCCCAGGCUGUCUCUCUAUCCAAGGCCCAGCGUUGGUGAGAGGCCCAGAGAAGGGGUCGGUGACUGUGCUGUGUCGCUAUAGCUCGAGAUGGCAGGGGAACAACAAGUGGUGGUGUCGCGGAGCAAACUGGAACACUUGCAGGGUCCUCAUUCGAACCAAUGGGUCGGAGAAAGAAAGGAGGAGCGGCCGCUUGUCCAUCAGGGACAACUGGAGGGACAACUCUCUCCUGGUUACCAUGGAGAUGCUCAAGCAAAAUGACACCGACACUUACUGGUGUGGUAUUGAACGAUUUGGAACUGACCGCGGGACCAGAGUUAAAGUGACCGUUUACUCAGUGGGAAAAGAUACCACGUCUUCUUCUAAGCUACCUUCCGCUCUGCCCACUGUGGACAGCAGUGCAUACAUGAUGUCUUCUGACUUGCACAAGAGGACCCACUACAUACUCCUGGUGUUUGUGAAGGUGCCUGUCUUGCUCAUCUUGGCUGGUGUUGUCCUCUGGCUGAAGGGGUCAACUCAGAAGGUCCCCGAGGAACACUGGAGAGAUACUCUCUGUAGCAGUUUGGACUCUGAACCUCUGGCCAAAGACAUUGAUCCUUAGACUGAUGUUUAAGCAGGACCUUCCCAUUCUGGACUCUCGUUCCAGAGACCACGGCCAUGGAAGAAAUGUCUUUAAGUCCUCAGUGGGUAGUGACUGAGGCUGGUGCCCGGAGGGCUCGGCCAGGCAUGAUUUCCACUCUGCACACCAUGGGGCCACCGCUCAGACGCCGCCUCCCCCUGAGGUAUCAUUACACCUGCAGUACCAGUCUCUCCCUCCUCCUUUACAUCCUCAUCUGCCCUAUCCCAUCUACCCACCACGGUCAGCCCGGGGUAAGAACUGCUGGAAUGGAGCCCAAGCUGCAGAAAGACAGCUGUGUGUCCCCUGCUGUACAGAGCCUGAGACAAAAGCACAGAGAAGCAAAAGGGACCCAGUGGUGUGGCUAGAUCGUCUGUGCUCUGACUCUGUCAUAGAAAGGUCAGUGAGAGUGCAGCAGGCGCCCAUUCUCUGUCCUGCACACUGAGCCCACCCCGAGCAUGCACUUUUGAGGAAAAGUGAGGCGUGCUGCCUGCCUGGCAGGCCCGGAGUCUGGAGUGUGGAGAAUUCAGAUAUCCAUGACUUAGCCACAGGAGCCGGGGCUGCAUUUCCCAGCAGGUGCGUUUUGCUCCAGGGCCAGGAGCAGAAGGCCGCACACUCUUGAAUAGAGCUUCCGACUCCACAGACUCAUGACAUGCUGGUUUUAACCAAAGGUUAGCCAGGGGAGAGCAGCAGAGAGAGCAGGGCAGGCAGAGAGAGCCAUGUGUCUCCCGCCCUGGGUCCUCCCCACGGCCCGCACUGCAGCAUCUGCACCCCAGAGGAAGUCUGGGCUAGGGUGGCUCGUCAGAGCAACUGCCAACAGCACCAGCCAGGAAGGUGGUGAGAAUGGUCCCUUAUCAGAGAGUUCUUCUGCUUUUAACUGUGGUUGGCAGGGGGGGGGGGAGCCUAACAUGUCUUUUUCAAGAGUUUCUAGUGCACAGCACAGAGCUAAUAUGCACAGUGCAAAGGCAGCAAAUCUCUGGAACAUUCUCAUCUUGCAAGACUCAGCCUCUAAGCCCACUGGGCAAAACCCACACCCCACCAGGCCCUGACUACCACCAUUUCACUCCCCCCUCCUCCUUCCCCCUCCUGCCUCAAUAAGUUUUGCUAAUGCACCUGAGUGGAAUCAUGAGGCAUUUGUUAUUCUGGGAUUGCUUUAUUUUAGUUAGCAUCAUGUCCUAAAGGAUCAUCCAUCUUCUAGCCGAUGACAGAAUUCCUUUAGGUUAAAUGCUGGAUAAUAUUCCACUGUGUGGAUGUACCACCCAUUUACUAAUAGGCCUUUUGGCUGUUUCUAUGUUUGUGGGCAAUGAGCAUUGGUGUGUUGGUAUCACGUUGAGAUGCUGUCUUCAAUUCUCUUGGAUAUGGUCAUGAUGGUUAAUCCUGAUUGUCGAUUUGGCUGGGUUUAGAAUCACCUUCGAGACACUCCUCUAAGCCUCUCUAUGAAGGUGCUUCCCAAGAGGUUUAACUGAGGAGCGGAUGAGCCACUCUGAACGUGGGUACUCACCAUCCGUAGCCUGGGAUCUCAGACCGAACAAAAAGGAGGAGCGGGGAAAAGUGAACUGAGCACCAGCUGGCUCAUCUCUCUCCUUCCUGAGGAUAAAGUGUGACUGGGCAGCUCGUGAUCUGGCUGCUGCAGCUAGAUCUGCUGCUGCCGCCAUGCCCUUCCCAACGUGACAGACUGUAGCCCUUAAAACUGUGAGCCAAAAUAGACCCUCCCUUCCUCAAGUGUUUUGCAACAGCAGUGAGACAAGUACCUAGCGUGUAUAUCCAAGAGCACUGUUGCUGGGUCCAGAUGUGGUCUCUUCAAAUAUGCUAUUUUCAAGCAUUCUCUCCCAUCCUAUGACUAUUCUUACACUCUAUUGAGAGUAAUGCUCUUUUUGUCAAAUACGGAGAUAAUGGAUAAUUUAUGGCAGGGGAAAAACAUAACUUAAAACAAGCUGGCUCCAAGAAGUAGGUAGAGAAUUUCACUUUUUAUAAGAAUAUUAUAGUGGCCAGCAGUGGUGGUACACACCUUUAAUCCCAGCACUCUGGGAGGCAGAGGCAGGU